CCCAAAGCUAAAAAGAUAGAAAAGCUCAAGUAGAAAAAGAAAGAGACAACAAAACUCCAUUGAAGGACUAGAGAAGCAGAAGAAGAAGAAAAAGAGUCAACUAAAAUUAUUCAAGACCCAUGAACUCUCAAAUCACUCUUCUCUUCUUCUUCUCAAUCCUCUGUCUCUCCCAAAUCUCAAAUUCAUCACCUCUAAAACCACACCCACUUCCAAUUUUACCCCUCCCAUCCUCCCAACAGCUCCAAUGGCAACUCGGAUCCAUUGCCAUGUUCCUCCACUUCGGUCCCAACACUUUUACCAACUCCGAAUGGGGCACCGGAAAAGCCAACCCAUCCGUUUUCAACCCGACCCAUCUCAACGCAAGUCAAUGGGUCCAAAUCGCUAAAGACUCAGGCUUUUCCCGCGUUAUCCUCACAGCUAAGCACCACGAUGGAUUCUGUCUCUGGCCUAGCGAAUACACUGAUUACUCCGUCAAAUCGAGCUCAUGGAGAAACGGAACCGGCGAUGUAGUGGCGGAGCUAGCUGCUGCGGCGGCGGAAGCUGGAAUUGGACUUGGUCUUUACCUUUCUCCAUGGGAUCGUCAUGAUCAGAGUUAUGGCAAGACAUUGGAGUAUAACGAGUUUUAUCUGAGUCAAAUGACUGAGUUAUUAACAAAGUAUGGAGAGAUUAAGGAAGUUUGGUUAGAUGGAGCUAAAGGAGAAGGAGAGAAAGAUAUGGAGUAUUUCUUUGAUACUUGGUUUAGUUUGAUCCAUCAGCUUCAGCCUAAAGCUGUUAUAUUCUCCGACGCCGGUCCUGAUGUCCGGUGGAUUGGUGAUGAAGCUGGACUCGCUGGGUCUACUUGCUGGUCACUCUUUAACCGAACCAAUGCCAAGAUUGGUGACACUGAUCCUUUGUAUUCUCAGGAAGGUGAUAAAUUUGGGCAAGAUUGGGUACCGGCGGAAUGUGAUGUAUCGAUUCGACCUGGUUGGUUUUGGCAUGCGUUGGAGUCGCCUAAACCGGCUGUUAAGCUUUUGGAUAUAUACUAUUACUCGGUUGGAAGAAACUGUCUCUUCUUGCUUAAUGUACCUCCUAAUUCUUCAGGACUGAUAUCUGAACAAGACAUCAAGGUUCUUGAGGAGUUUCGCGAAAUGACACACACUAUUUUCUCGAAUAAUCUCGCCCGCAAAGCAUUGGUUAACUCGAGCAGUAUCCGUGGCGGUCAAAGUUCGCAGUUUGGUCCUAAGAAUGUUUUGGAAGAAGGAUUGGACAAGUACUGGGCGCCAGAGGAAAGUCAAAAGGAAUGGGUGUUGUACUUUGAGUUUAAAGAUUCGGUUAGUUUCAAUGUAUUGGAAAUUCGAGAACCGAUCCAAAUGGGUCAACGGAUUGCGUCUUUCCAUCUCGAGACGCGGAAGACUGGAAGCGGAAAAUGGGAGAGAGUUGUGAGCGGCACAACAGUCGGGAACAAAAGGCUUCUACGGUUUCUGAAGGUUGAGUCGCGUUCUCUAAAGCUUGUGGUGGACAAAGCGAGGACCGACCCACUUAUAUCGUACCUUGGAAUCUACAUGGACAAGUUUUCGGUGUCGAGUCAAAACACAUCAAAGAUAACAAUCACAAGGACACUGAAGGAAGAGCAACAACUACAUGAUUUGUAAGAAAUAACUCUCAAGGAUUCACCACAUAAGUGUUUGACUUUCUUGAGAAUAUCCAUAUGUGCAUCAAGUCGUAUUUAUGACACUAUCAUUUUGAA